GUACAGUCCGUGGGUGGCCGAAUAGGACGCACUGGCUGGCUGGCAUGGGCGCCAUGGCCACCAGCACCAUCGCCGGUUCCCUCCACAGUCGGCAUCUCCAUUGCCUCAUUCUCCUGCUACUGUUACCGUACCUCCCAAUCGCGUUCCUACUCGUUGAUGGCGGCGGCAUUCCGACGACGCUGGACGGGCCGUUCACGCCGGCCACCCGCGCGUUCGACCGCUCGCUGCGGCGGGGCAGCGAGGACGUCCCGCUCUCCGACCCCCGCCUGGCCCCGCGCGCGCGCCCGCCGUCCCCGGAGCAGAUCGCGCUCGCCGCCUCGGCCGACCCCAUCUCGCUCUGGGUCUCCUGGGUCACGGGCCGAGCCCAGAUCGGCUCCCACCUCACCCCUCUCGACCCCACCGCCAUUCGCAGCGAGGUCUGGUACGGCGAGCGCCCCGCCUCCGCCGACACCGUCGGCCACCCGCACGUGGCGAGGGGCUCGGCGGAGGUGUACAGCCAGCUCUACCCGUACCCAGGCCUCCUCAACUACACCUCCGGCGUCAUCCACCACGUCCGGCUCGUGGGCCUGAGGCCGUCCACCCGCUACUACUACCGUUGCGGUGACAGCUCCCUCAAGGGCGGCCUCAGCGACGAGCGCUCUUUCCGGACAUUGCCGGCGCCGGCGCCGGACGCGUACCCUCGCCGCGUCGCUGUGGUCGGGGACCUUGGGCUCACCGGCAACUCCACCUCCACCGUCGACCACCUCGCCAGGAACGACCCAUCCAUGAUAUUGAUGGUCGGCGACAUGACGUACGCGAAUCAGUACCUCACCACCGGCGGCAGAGGCGUCCCCUGCUUCUCCUGUUCCUUCCCAGACGCCCCGAUUCGGGAGUCCUACCAGCCACGAUGGGACGGCUGGGGAAGAUUCAUGGAGCCGCUUACGUCGAAGGUUCCAAUGAUGGUGACCGAAGGGAACCAUGAGAUCGAGCCGCAGGGGCACGGCGGAGCGGUGACCUUCGCCUCCUACUUGGCGCGCUUCGCUGUGCCGUCGGAGGAGUCUGGAUCCAACACCAAGUUCUACUACUCAUUCAACGCGGGUGGUAUUCACUUCAUCAUGCUUGGUGCCUAUGUCGACUACAAUCGCACAGGAGCUCAGUACUCGUGGUUAGAGAAAGAUCUGCAGAAAGUUGAUCGACGAGUCACGCCAUGGGUUGUCGCUUCUUGGCACUCACCCUGGUAUAACAGCUGUUCCUCGCACUACCAGGAAUUUGAGUGUAUGAGGCAAGAAAUGGAAGGACUCCUGUACCAACAUGGGGUCGACAUUGUCUUCUCAGGCCAUGUACACGCAUACGAAAGGAUGAACCGGGUGUUCAACUACACGUUGGACUCGUGUGGGCCGGUUUACAUUACGAUCGGGGAUGGCGGUAACAUUGAGAAAAUCGACACUGAUCAUGCAGACGACCCUGGAAGCUGUCCCUCACCAGGUGACAACCAACCUGAAUUUGGUGGAGUCUGCCAUCUGAACUUCACUUCUGGUCCUGCCAAGGGGAAAUUUUGCUGGGAGCGGCAGCCGGAAUGGAGCGCAUUCAGGGAAAGCAGUUUCGGCCACGGUAUUUUGGAGGUUGUGAAUUCGACAUAUGCUUUGUGGACAUGGCACCGGAACCAGGAUACAUACGGAGAACAUAGUGUGGGAGAUGAAAUCUAUAUAGUUCGGGAACCCGAUAAGUGCCUAUUGCAGCCAAGGGGUGUGAUUUCGCAAGACUCGUGAUUUUGAAGUCUACGUUCUUUCUCAAAAGAAGAAAUCUAUGUAGCUAUAUGUGCUGUUAUGUUGCAACUUGUGCUUACGACCAAUGUAGAUUCUCAAUCCUUUUGUUCGUUUGUGCUUGUGUAGGACAGGCCCUCGGGGGUAACGCCCUUCUUCUCCAUGAAGUAGCGUCUCACUUGUUCAACAAACUGCUAAAAUGGCCGGCUUACGACCAAUGUAGAUUCUUUUUUGUUCGUUUGUGCUUGCGUAGGACAGGCCCUCGGGGGUAACGCCCUUCUUCUCCAUGAAGUAGCGCCUCAUUUGUUCAACAAACUGUUAAAAUGGCCGGCUUACGACCAAUGUAGAUUCUCAA